AUGAUUUCAUAUGUAUACAUUAUAUUUUUAUUAAUUACAGCUAUUCAUGCUACCAUAUUUCAUCUUCCGGUUAAUAAAUGCCCACAAGAAGAUUCCCUUCGAAAAUGCUUUGACCAACAUUAUAUUAAAGGAUCAGUCCACUUUCGUGAUGACUUUGUUGACUAUAAUAAAGAUAUUAAAUUUGAAUAUAAUAGAUUGGUUAUUUAUUUCCCAGUAGCAUUUGUUCAUCCAGUAGAUAUAUUAGACAUUCAAAAUACUAUUAGAUGUGGAGUAAAAUUGAAUUUUCCUAUAGUUGCAAGAUCAGGCGGUCAUUCUUAUGAAGGUUAUAGUAUUGGAGAUAAAGAUUGUUAUUUAGUCGUUGAUCUUGUAAACUUUAAUAAAAUUACCGUCAAUACAACUUCACAAAUUGCUAUAGUCGAGACAGGAAAUAUACUAGAAUCACUACAUUACAAAUUAAGUCAGCUCUCAUUUGCAUUUCCAGCUGGAAUUUGUUCUAAUAUUGGAGUUGGUGGACUUAUAUUAGGUGGAGGAAUGGGAUUUCUCAAUCGAAAAUUUGGAAUGUCAUCAGAUAAUAUUCUUGAUGCACAAAUAGUUUUAGCAAAUGGGACAGUAGUUAACAAUGCUAAAGAAUACCCAGAACUUUUAUGGGCUAUUCGAGGUGCAGGAAAUUUUGGCUAUGGUAUUGUUACAGCCUUAACCCUUAGAAUACAUCCGAUCCAGAAAAUUGCAACCUUUUUUCAUUUUAUAUACGAUUUUGAUCAGACUCCAUUAGUAUUCUCAGUAGUUAAUCAGCUAGGGAAUAAUCUUUAUCAGAAUUUAACAUUACUGACCAAGAUGGGAAUCUCACAACGUUCAACCUAUGUUUAUGGGGUUUAUCUAGGAUCUGUAUAUGAAUUACAAUCUUAUAUACAAGACUUUAUUAAAUUGUCUAAACCUAAAAAUGUGUCAUACACUGAAGAUGAAUCGUAUAACGUACUUAUGCUUAUUGAUGGAUUCGAUCCACCUAAAGCUGGCUUUUUUAAAGUAAAAUCUUUCUUUAUUGAUUCGACUGGGAUAUCUUAUGAAGGAGUUAGGUACAUAAUGAGGUUUGUAGAAAGCUUAAAAUGUCAUCUACACUUUAAUGUAUUGCUAAUUGGUGGUGGAAGAGUUAACGAGAUUAAGCGAAAAGAAACUGCAUUCGUCCACAGAGGUUUUUUGUACCACAUAGAAAUUAAAAUAUUUGUGACUUCUAAAACGUGUAUACAGGAAUUAGAAAAUUUUUCACAUCAUUUUCAACGAAGAUAUGCCAAUUUUGAAAGUUAUCAAAAUAUAAAUGAUAAACAAUUGGAUAAUUGGCAAUGCAGAUACUAUGGCGAAAAUUUCGAAAAAUUAGUAAAAAUUAAACGGGAAUAUGAUCCGUAUAAUUUAUUUCGAUGGAAUCAAAGUAUACCUACUAAUACUGAAAUAUCCUGUUAUUAA